CCACCCUCCUGUCCACUAGGGGGCGCUGCCUCUUGAUGCGAGAGUUGCGGUCGGCGGCGCUACAUGUGACAUUGACAUCAACAGAGGCACAAUGAGGCUGACCGCUCUCCUGUCGAUGGCAGCCAGGGUCGUGGUGCCUAAAGGUUACCGCUACACCACAAACAGACCGUGGACGCCGGCUGCGAAGAAGCAGAAUCCUCCGGGGCAGAGCAGGAGGAGGAAGGUGUUUGUGGAGCCUUUAGCGCCACAGGACUGGUCUGUGUUCAAAGGGGACACAGUUGAGAUUCUCGCUGGAAAGGACAAAGGAAAGCAAGGAAAAGUGAUCCAAGUCUUCAGACACAGAAACUGGGUUAUCCUGGAGGGGCUGAACACACAUCACAGGUAUAUUGGAAAAACUGGAGAUUACCGUGGUACCUACUUAGCCAGCGAGGCUCCCAUUUUGGUUCGAGAAGUCUCCCUCAUUGAUCCCACAGACAGGAAACCCACUGAGGUGGAGUGGAAAUUCACAGAGGAGGGCGAGAGAGUCCGAGUGUCUCUCAGGACAGGUCGAAUCAUUCCAAAACCUGUUGUGGAGCGACGAGAUGGUAUCGUGCCACAGCAGUGGAAAGACGGUCCCAAAGACACUAGUCCAGAAGACACUCUAGAAAAGACCUUUGUACCAUCACUGAAAACUCUGGAGGAGGAAGUCAUGGAGAAAAUGGGCAUCCAGGAACCCAGGAGGAACCGAAGGUCUUACUGGUACUGACCAGAGAAAUCAGAGACACUCAGGCCUCGUUGUGCUAUCCAGUUUUCACUGGGCCUCUGAAGUCACCAUGUUGUGGUGGGAGUCGAGCAGAAUAACAUGUUAAAAAGAGACCGCGUGAGGAUGACAUGAGUAAGGCUUAUGGACUGUAAAAUACUGGCGCAACAUACAUAUUAUUGAGGAAAUGAUAGCUUUGUGUAAAUAUGAGGCGGUGAAACAGAUGUGCAAACAAAGUUGAUAACAGACCUGAAACAAUGUUUCCUGAAUGGGUUUCAAUCAUCCUCUAUUUACGGUGCUAUCAGAGUUUGUAUUAUGUCCCUUUCUUUGUAAGGGUUAUUAAAUGUCACACAUAAACCAAUAUAAUGGCUUGAA